GCUGUUGCCGCCUGCUACCUACGUCCGCCUUUAACGCGGCGGGGGUGCGGUCGUGCAGUAGGAAGACUAGUGCUUUGCAAUCUCCCCGUGGGACACCCGCUACCUGGCGGGUCACCGAGCCUGGUGCAUUCGCUGCAGACUUCUCCGGUCCCCGCUUGUAGUGCUCAGAGCCCCCUGACCUCAGCAGCCAUGCCUCUGACCCGCAGUCUCUCUAUGUCCUCGCUUCCAGGGCUGGAGGACUGGGAGGAUGAGUUCGACCUGCAGAACACUGUACUUUUCGAGGUGGCCUGGGAGGUGGCCAACAAGGUGGGUGGCAUCUACACUGUGCUGCAGACAAAGGCGAAGGUGACGGGAGAUGAAUGGGGCGACAACUACUAUCUGAUUGGCCCAUACACAGAGCAGGGUGUGAGGACCCAGGUAGAGCUGCUGGAACCCCCAAUCCCCGAACUCAAGAGGACUCUGGAUUCCAUGAACAGCAAGGGCUGCAAGGUGUAUUUCGGACGCUGGCUGAUUGAAGGGGGGCCCCUGGUGGUGCUCCUGGAUGUGGGGGCCUCUGCCUGGGCCCUGGAGCGCUGGAAGGGCGAGCUCUGGGAUACCUGCAACAUCGGGGUGCCCUGGUAUGACCGUGAGGCCAAUGAUGCAGUCCUGUUUGGCUUCCUCACCACCUGGUUCCUGGGUGAGUUCCUGGCCCAGAGCGAGGAGAAGCCACAUGUGGUUACCCACUUCCACGAAUGGUUGGCAGGCAUUGGGCUGUGUCUGUGCCGUGCACGGCGCCUGCCUGUGGCAACCAUCUUCACCACCCAUGCCACAUUGCUGGGCCGAUACCUGUGUGCUGGUGCUGUGGACUUCUACAACAACCUGGAGAAUUUCAACGUGGACAAGGAGGCAGGUGAGAGGCAGAUCUACCAUCGCUACUGCAUGGAGCGUGCAGCAGCGCACUGUGCCCACGUGUUCACUACCGUGUCCCAGAUCACAGCCAUAGAGGCUCAGCACCUCCUCAAGAGGAAACCAGAUAUCGUGACCCCCAAUGGCCUGAACAUAAAGAAGUUCUCCGCCAUGCAUGAGUUCCAGAACCUCCAUGCUCAGAGCAAAGCUCGGAUCCAAGAGUUUGUGAGGGGCCAUUUUUACGGGCACCUGGACUUUAACUUAGAUAAGACCUUGUAUUUCUUUAUCGCCGGCCGCUACGAAUUCUCCAACAAAGGAGCUGAUGUGUUCCUGGAGGCCUUGGCCCGGCUCAACUAUCUGCUCAGAGUGAAUGGCAGUGAGCAGACAGUUGUAGCCUUCUUCAUCAUGCCGGCUCGAACCAACAAUUUCAAUGUGGAAACCCUGAAGGGUCAAGCUGUGCGCAAGCAGCUCUGGGACACAGCCAACGCAGUCAAGGAGAAGUUUGGGAGGAAGCUUUAUGAAUCCUUACUGGUGGGUAGCCUCCCAGACAUGAACAAGAUGCUGGACAAGGAAGAUUUCACUAUGAUGAAGAGAGCAAUCUUUGCCACACAGCGUCAAUCAUUCCCCCCUGUGUGCACCCACAAUAUGUUGGAUGACUCUUCAGACCCCAUCCUGACCACCAUCCGCCGAAUUGGCCUUUUUAACAGUAGUGCUGACCGGGUGAAGGUGAUUUUUCACCCAGAGUUCCUCUCUUCCACAAGCCCUCUGCUCCCCGUGGACUAUGAGGAGUUUGUCCGUGGCUGUCAUCUUGGGGUCUUCCCCUCCUAUUAUGAGCCCUGGGGGUAUACUCCAGCGGAGUGCACGGUCAUGGGCAUCCCCAGCAUCUCCACCAACCUUUCCGGCUUUGGUUGCUUCAUGGAGGAGCACAUCGCAGACCCCUCAGCUUAUGGCAUCUACAUUCUGGACCGGAGGUUCCGCAGCCUUGACGAUUCCUGCUCGCAGCUCACCUCCUUCCUGUACAGCUUCUGCCAGCAGAGCCGGAGGCAGCGCAUCAUCCAGCGGAACCGCACCGAGCGCCUGUCGGACCUGCUGGAUUGGAAGUACCUAGGCCGGUACUAUAUGUCUGCCCGCCACAUGGCUCUGGCCAAGGCCUUUCCAGAUCAUUUCACCUACGAACCUCACAAGGCAGAUGCGGCCCAGGGGUACCGCUACCCACGGCCAGCCUCCGUGCCACCAUCACCCUCCUUGUCUCGACACUCAAGUCCACACCAGAGUGAGGAUGAGGAAGAGCCCCGAGAUGGACCCCUGGUGGAAGACGGUGAGCGUUACGAUGAGGAGGCAGAGGCUGCCAAGGACCGCCGCAACAUCCGGGCACCCGAGUGGCCACGUCGGGCCUCCUGUGCCUCGUCCACCGGCGGUAGCAGGCGAAGCAACUCGGUGGACACUGGCCCCUCCAGCUCGAUCAGCACCCCCAGUGAGCCCCUCAGCCCUGCCAGUUCCCUGGGCGAGGAACGAAACUAAGCCCCCCACUACACCUCCUGCUCUCCUGUGUCCCUCCUGCAGAGGGGUCCGUGCAGACAGGCCGGACCUGAUCACCACUCCAGACCCCGAGUGGGCCACCUGCCCUGUGUGGUCUACAGCCUCCCCCCCUUCCAGACAUUCUAGCCCUCCCACUCCAACUCUUGGAGCCCCCACACUCCAUGACGCUGUGCCUUUCUUGGAUUACAGAGUGUAUUCUGUUCUCUGGAGUCUCCAGGCUUAGACUGGGUCUCAGAGACCAGGAAUCCAUUUUUCUGCAGUGCCAGAGAUUUUAGGAAACCUGGCUGGUUUUCCAGGCUGUGGCUUCUUCCUCUGAACCUGCAGUGUACAGAGUAUGCUAAGCUCAGGCCUGCCCUUGGGGACUAUCAUGUGCUAGAAACCACAUGACUUCCCUGCCAGUGGGACAUCCAAGUCCAGACUUAGGGCACUUCAGGGAUUACUAUAACCAUAUGCACUGGGGAGGUUGCUCAGUUGGUGGGGUGCUUGCCCAGCCCUGGCUUUUAUGCCCAGUGCGGCAUAAACUGGGCGUGGUGGCACACACCUGUAAUCCCAGCAUGAGGCUCAGGAGGUCAGGGUCAUCCUCAGUUACAUAGACAGCUCAAGGCUAGGCUGAGCAACAUGAGAGCCUAUCUCAAAAUACAAAGAUAACAAUGUUUAUGGUCCUCCAUUUCAACCCAUGACUGUGGUGUCAGGACAGACUGCAGGUAUUGCCCUCCAUGGGUACUGUGGGUUCAUUUAUUUUCUUCAAGGGAGCAUGCAGUCUUGGACCAGACACCUUUGCCUUACUCUGGCUUUUUCUGGACCAGAUCUUACUCUUUCUUCAGUCCCCCGUGUCCUGUCCAGGGAAUGCCUGAUGACUGAACUGGCUGUCCACGACUGCUCGGCCCUCUGUGAAACCACUGGGUUCCGGGUCCCCACCACUGAGUCAGGAGUCUUAUCACUGUGCUACAUCCUGAUCCCCUUUCCUGAUCUAGAACUGAGUCCCCUGGGUUCUAGAAGCUUCACAUGUACCCCAAGGCUUUUCUGCCUGCAAGCUGCGUCCUGCCCCCUGCUUCAGUGAAUGGGCAGGGCCCCUCACAUAUGCAGUGCUUGGCUUGAUGCCCUGCUUGGUUUGCAGUCCAGAGGGGGAGGGCAGAAGGCGUGUGAUUGCCGUGUCAAGACAUGAAAAAUACACCUGUAUUUAAGAGUCACCGAGUGUGGCCAGAUCUGUGCCCUUGGUAGGCCUCCCUCCCGACUCCCUCGGUCCUCACUGGCAGGCCUCCCCCCAACUCCCCGGUCCUCACUGGCAGGCCUCCCCCCUGACUCCCCCGGUCCUCACUGGCAGGCCUCCCUCCUGACUCCCCUGGUCCUCACUGGCUUUUUUGUUUGUUAGAUUUUAUAUGUGGGGUCUUGCUUUGUAACCCAGGUUGGCUUAAACUCAUAGCAGUCUUUCCUCAGCCUCUCAAGUGCUGGCAGUUACAGACACUCCCCAGGCCAUUUCCUUGUGGUUUUAGUUACUGCUCUUUCCUCUUUGGGUCUUCCACCUCACUACCUGCUGUGGAAAGACUUGGCCAUUGUUCGAGGAAGGUGUGUCUGAUGCUUUGGAUUUGCGUUGCAAGUGGCAAAGAAUUGGUUCUGGUGA